CUGGAUUGGAAGGCACAGUCAUAACUCCACCCUGGUGGAAGAUGAAAAAAAACCCAAUAUAACACUGCAUUUGAUCUAAUUUAAUCCUCUGCACACAAGUCCUUGAAGUUUUGCCCCGUACUGACACCGUGCUGUCUGCAGACGCUUUACGAGACCGUUCGAGCCACUUCAGACAACGUACAGACCGCCAAUCCAUCCGAGAUGAAUAUGGCAUUUAUCAAGGCUGCACGGGAGCACUAUAUGAGCCUGUCUCAGGGAGACAAAUGUCAGGUGACUUAUAUCUGGAUCGACGGCACUGGAGAGGGACUUCGCAACAAAACCCGGACCUUUGAUACCGAACCACAAAGUGUAGAAGAUAUUCCUGAAUGGAACUUUGAUGGGUCAAGCACGUACCAGUCGGAAGGCUCCAACAGCGACAUGUACCUCAUCCCAGUGCGUAUGUUCCGAGAUCCAUUUACCUGUGACCCCAACAAACUGGUUCUCUGCGAAGUUCUUCGAUACAAUCGCCUCCCUGCAGAAACAAACCAUCGGAUGAGCUGCAAGAAAGUGAUGGAUCAGGUCAAAGAACACAGGAUAUGGUUUGGCAUAGAGCAGGAAUACACGCUCUUAGGAACAGAUGGACAUCCGUAUGGUUGGCCUCAGAAAGGAUUCCCAGCACCCCAAGGUCCCUACUACUGCUCGGUGGGGACGGGCAAAGCGAUUGGACGGGACAUUGUGGAGUGUCACUACAAGGCGUGUCUCUACGCAGGGAUCAAAAUCUUUGGAACCAAUGCAGAAGUGAUGCCAUCCCAAUGGGAGUUCCAAGUGGGUCCCUGCGAGGGCAUUGAGAUGGGAGAUGAACUGUGGGUUGCCCGCUUCCUGUUGCACCGUGUGUGUGAAGAUUUUGGGGUCAUUGCAACACUAGACCCCAAACCGAUGAAGGGAAAUUGGAGCGGUUCCGGUGCACACACCAACGUCAGCACCGAGCACAUGAGGGAAGAAGGAGGUCUGCAAUACAUCGAGCAGGCCAUUGACAAACUUAGCAAAAAACACAUGGAGCACAUCAAGGUGUACGACCCACACGGAGGUCAGGACAACGUGAGGCGUCUCACGGGUCAUCACGAGACCUCCAGUAUCAACGAAUUCUCCGCCGGAGUCGCCAACCGAGCCGCCAGCAUCCGGAUUCCUCGCCAGGUUGGCCAAGAGAAGAAGGGCUACUUUGAGGACCGCCGCCCUGCAGCGAACUGCGAUCCGUACCUUGUGACCAAAGCCAUAGCAAGCACCUGCCUGCUGGAUGAUGUGGAGCAAGUCAAGGGCAGUUAGACAUAGCCUAGUGUCUUUCUUCCUUCUGGCAAUAUUUAAAACAACACUUGUACAGCAAUUAUUUACAGUGCAGCUUCAAACUAUUAUUUUACGGUGUGCUAUUGUGAUCGCCAACAACGGUAUAUUACUGUAAAAAUAUUACAG